AUGAAUCGUUACUGGAACUUCUACCAGAUCACUUCCCUCCCGCAGUCGGUUGAUCGUAGCAAGCUCAUCCAUGUCUACGGGAAUGGAUCUGAGGAAGACCCAAUUGGUGCCUUCUGGGAUACCAUCGAUACCCUCAAUGUCCCCUCCGCUGUCGAUCUCUACGGUCUUGAGAUUCACGUCUUGCCAAUUUCUUACCCCUCUGAGCCUACUACUUGGGAACGUGCCAAGGCUCGUGGAAAGAAGGUUCUUAAGAAACUUAAGGUCGACAAACAGAUCUUUCGCGGUGGAUGGUGGCAGUAG